UUAGGUCAUCCCCGCGGCAACCGAUGGACAAACACAAAUAAAACAGAACCACCCUUGGAUCAGCGUUUCGAGACCACCCUCAGUUGCUUAACCAAUUUCCGCACGCGAUAUCCCUCGACGUCCAAGCGAACGAAACGAAUUUAACCACACGACCAUCACUUAUCGCUGAAAAGCAAGCCGUAAUUUGGGGUAUUCGAGCCUCUCCACCGGAUAAGAAACUUUCAAAGGAAGUUCCGCGAAGCGUAAAGUUAGUUCUCCGAAAAUCUAUCAGAAAAUGAAAUACGCGUGCCUCGCUACUCUUGCGUUCGCUUUCCUCGGAUUCUGCGGGAUGAUUCCGGUUCAAGGACAGGAAGACUCAGCAGCUGGCAGAGGAUCGUCGACGGCAACGAGACCUGUUAACAUUUUUUUCGUGAACGACGAGACCAACAAAGUGGCGAACAAGAGCAUAAUGGCCGCUCUAAAAACGAUCAAGGAUAAAUACUCGGGUUACUUGGGAAAAGUCUGGAUGGUUCAGGUGAACGAGACCGACGUAAACGACACUUUGGACCGCAUCUGCAAUUCUUGGGAGUCCGCGGUCGAAGGGAAAGCCACGACUGUUCCUGAUUUGAUCGUGGACACGACAACAGCCGGCAUGGGGGCGAAAAUAUCGAAUUCGUUCGCAGCCGCUCUAGGAAUCCCUACGCUAUCCGCGCAAUACGGCCAAAAGGGAGACCUCCUCUACUGGAGAAACUUAAACGCUGAUCAGACGGGAUACUUGAUCCAAGUGAUGCCCCCGGCGGACUUGAUACCGGAAGCGAUCAGGCAGCUGGCGAUUCAGCUGAACAUCACGAACGCGGCGAUUCUCUACGAUCACAAUUUCGUCAUGGAUCACAAAUACAAGAGCUUGCUGUUGAACGUUCCGACGAGACACGUGAUCAACGAGGCCUCGCAACAGGUGACAGAGAUGAAGAAUCAGUUGCAAAGUUUACGACACUUGGAUAUCGUAAACUAUUUCAUCCUGGGGGACGAGAACACCAUCAAUGUAGCUCUCGAGGCAGCGGAAUCUCUCAAUUUUACCGGAAGAAAAUACGGUUGGUUUCUGUUGACACCGGAGAGCAACGUCUGGCCCAAGUGCGAGUGCAGAAACAUCACCGUCCUUUUCAUGAGGCCUGAACCGAAGAACCAAACAAAGUCGACGCCGUCGGUGGAAAGUAUCCUGCCCAAGCCGUUCGUCUCGUCUGCUUUCUAUUACGACCUGGUCCAGUUAGGCGUCAGGGCGAUGAAGUUAGCCUUGGACAAUAACGAAUGGCCGUUGAAACCGAGACACAUCACCUGCGACGACUACAACAACACGAACACUCCCAAGAGGAAACUGGACUUGUUCGGCAAACUGAAAGCUGCCUACCGCGAUAUGACGCCUACGUACGCAGGAAUUCGUUGGGGAAAAAGAAACGGCGAGCAUCAAGCGCGAUUCAACAUGUCCAUUCACUUGGUGACUAUCGCCGAUGGGGUUGCUUCCUCCAUGGUUGACAGCGGAUUCUGGAACGCGAGCGUCUCGGCGGCCUUACAGGCAAGUAAUGUAACGAACAAAGACAUCAUGAAUGCCACCGCGGUGAAGAGCUACAGAGUGGUCACGGUGAUCCAUCCCCCGUUCGUGAUGUACAACGAAGAAAAAAACGAGUACUACGGUUUCUGCAUCGACCUUUUGAACGAAAUCAAAAACAUCGUAGAGUUCCAAUACGAGAUUCGCGAAACGGACGACAAGCAGUAUGGAAAUCUACUCGAAGACGGCACUUGGAGCGGAAUGAUGAAGGAGUUGAUCGAUCAACGAGCGGACAUCGCGCUUAGCUCGCUUUGGGUGACGGCGGAAAGAGAAAAAGUGGUGGAUUUCACCGUACCUUAUUACGAUCUGGUGGGUCUGUCCAUCAUGAUGCUGAAGACGAAAACGUCGACGUCGUUGUUCAAGUUCUUGACCGUUCUGGAGAACGAAGUCUGGUUCUGCAUACUGGCCGCUUACCUGUUCACCAGCGUUCUGUUAUGGAUCUUCGACCGCUGGUCGCCGUAUAGUUAUCAAAACAACCGGGAGAAAUAUAAGGACGACGACGAGAAAAGGGAGUUCAAUUUAAGGGAGUGUUUCUGGUUCUGCAUGACCUCCCUUACGCCACAGGGAGGAGGCGAAGCACCGAAGAACCUCUCCGGAAGACUCGUCGCCGCUACUUGGUGGCUGUUCGGGUUCAUCAUCAUCGCUUCGUACACUGCGAAUCUCGCGGCGUUUUUGACCGUCUCCAGGCUGGAAAUACCGAUCGAGACCUUGGAGGACCUUAGCAAACAGUACAAGAUUCAGUACGCUCCUGUAAUGAAUUCUCCCGCUUACGUUUACUUCGAGAGGAUGGCCGCGAUCGAGCAGACAUUUUUUAAUAUCUGGAAGCAAAUGAGCCUUAACGACAGCUUGACGGAAGUCGAGAGGGUUAAGCUAGCGGUAUGGGACUACCCCGUCAGCGACAAAUACUCGAAAAUGUUCCAAGCAAUGUUGGAAGCCGGCUUUCCGGCCACGACCGAGGAGGCUCUGCGUCGAGUUCGCCGGCUUGACUCGAACAACGAGUUCGCCUAUAUAGAGGAUUCGACGACUAUCAAAUAUCUUACCAUGACAAACUGCGAUUUCGUUCAAGUGGGAGAGGAUUUCUCGAGGAAACCAUACGCGAUCGCGGUUCAACAAGGAUCACCGUUGAAGGAUCAGUUUAACAACGCAAUUCUGAUUCUGCUGAACAAAAGGAAAUUGGAGAAACUGAAGCAUAAAUGGUGGAAGAAGAAUCCCGACAGAAAAAAUUGCGACACGGAGAACAGCCAAAGCGACGGCAUAAGUAUCUACAACAUCGGUGGUGUGUUCGUCGUUAUAUUUCUCGGCAUCAUUUUCGCUUGCUUUACGUUGGCCUUCGAAUAUUGGUACUAUCGGCACCGCGCGAAGAACACCAACAUCGCUCGCAACAGCCCAAAGAAAAGUAAAUUUACCAAGGUGAAACCGCUCAGGUUCAACUUGAAACCGGCUCCCACGCACGGUUUUCAAACUAGUCAGUUCAGAGCGAGGUUCUAAUUCUAAGUUCCCUCGAUUGGCAACGAUUGUUCGCUACUACUUUUUAAUUACUUUAAAAAAAAAAGAGAAA